AUGAAUAUCGUGAAACUACAAAGAAAAUUUCCAGUCCUUACCCAAGAGGAUCUAUUCAACGUCAUUGAACAAUUCAGAGCUCUUGAUGUUGAAGAUAAAGGUUAUGCUGAAAAACAAGCUGUUAUCGAAAAAAUUUCAGAUUCAGGAGAAGGUUCAUAUGAUGAUGUUCGUCAAACUUUGAAACAAGUUAGUGUUGAUUCUUCAGGUCGUGUUGAAUUGGAUGAUUAUGUUGAAUUAGUUGCAAAACUAAGAGAGAAUAAAACCGCACCAAAAUCUGCCCAAUCUUCAGCUAUUCAACAUAAAGGUACUGGGGCAAAAGCCUCAAUUAUCGUUGGUGGUUCAACUUCAGGUUCAACUCAUACCAUUAAUGAAGAAGAAAAAUCAGAAUUUACCAAACAUAUCAAUAGUGUAUUGGCUGGUGAUGCCGAUGUUGGUGAUAGAAUACCUAUUCCUGCUGAUACUUUCCAAAUCUUUGAUGAAUGUAGAGAUGGGUUAAUUUUAUCAAAAUUGAUUAAUGAUUCAGUUCCUGAUACAAUUGAUACAAGAGUUUUGAAUUUCCCUAAAAAGGGGAAAGCUUUGAACAAUUUCACCAUUUCUGAAAAUGCAAAUAUCGUUAUCAAUUCUGCUAAAGCUAUUGGUUGUGUUGUUGUCAAUGUUCAUGCUGAAGAUUUUAUAGAAGGUAAAGAACAUUUGAUUUUAGGUUUAAUUUGGCAAAUUAUUAGAAAAGGUUUGUUGAACAAGAUUGAUAUCAAAUUACAUCCAGAACUAUAUCGUUUAUUAGAAGAAGAUGAAACUUUAGAACAAUUUUUAAGAUUACCACCUGAACAAAUCUUGUUACGUUGGUUCAAUUAUCAUUUGAAAGCUGCUAACUGGAAUAGAAGAGUUACAAACUUUUCUAAAGAUGUUGCCGAUGGUGAAAACUAUACAGUGUUGUUAAACCAAUUAGAUCCUCAAUUAUGUUCAUUACAACCAUUACAAACUCAAGAUUUAUUAACUAGAGCUGAACAAGUUUUAUCAAAUGCUAAAAAAUUAGAUGCUAGAAAAUAUUUAACUCCAUCUGCUUUAGUUGCUGGUAAUCCAAAAUUGAAUUUAGCCUUUGUUGCUCAUUUAUUCAAUACACACCCAGGUUUAGAUCCAGUCGAAGAAGCUGAAAAACCAGAAAUUGAAGAAUUUGAUGCUGAAGGUGAAAGAGAAGCUAGAGUUUUCACAUUAUGGUUGAAUUCAUUAGAUGUCCAACCACCAGUUGUUAGUUUAUUUGAAGAUUUGAAAGAUGGUACAAUCUUGUUGCAAGCUUUUGAAAAAGUUUUACCAGGUUCUGUUAGUCCAAAACAUAUCAAUAAAAGACCAAGUUCUGGUGCAGAUAUAUCAAGAUUCAAAGCUUUAGAGAAUACAAAUUAUGCAGUUGAGACCGGUAAGGCUAAUCAUUUCUCAUUAGUUGGUAUUGAAGGUUCAGAUAUUGUGGAUGGUAACAAAUUAUUAACUUUAGGUCUUGUAUGGCAAAUAAUGCGUCGUAAUAUCGUUUUAACGUUGAAAUCAUUAUCAGCUAAUGGUCGUGAAUUAUCAGAUUCAGAUAUUUUGAAAUGGGCUAAAGAAAAAGUUGCUAAAGGUGGUAAAUCAACUACUGUUAGAUCAUUUUCAGAUCCAUCCAUUGCUAAUGGUGUUUUCUUGCUAGAUGUUUUAAACGGUUUAAAACCUGGUUAUGUUGAUUAUGAUUUGGUUACUCCAGGUCACUCUGAAGAAGAUAGAUAUGCUAAUGCCAGAUUGGCUAUUUCAAUUGCAAGAAAAUUGGGAGCUUUGAUUUGGUUAGUUCCAGAAGAUAUCAACGAAGUUCGUUCAAGACUUAUCUACACUUUUGUUGGUUCAUUGAUGGCUAUUGAACAUUUAUAA